GUCUCGCGUGUUAUCGCUGCCGGAACGUUUGCCCUCGAUCGGCCGGUCAACCGUCUCUUUUCGCACAUCGGCACCUCGCGUGGGUGCUCGCGACAACAAACGGAAGCCGCUAAAAAAAGGCGAGUUAGGCGCGAGAAGGACGAAGAGCGAUCCAACAAGCAGCGGCUAACAAAUCCGCUCUCUCCUUCUCCCUUUCCCUCUUUCUACGGACGCGAACACUAACACUGAUGGCAGUCGACGAAAACUGUCGAGAAUUCCGUUAAACCGUCAUUGAAGAAUCGCCGACUGAUCCCCGAGAGGAAAGUCCAGGAGAGGCCAGGUGCGACGAGCAACUCGCCGAGAGAAGGACGCUUUGCCGCGUCGGUAUGCGCAAGAAUGCGGAGUCAAGAAUAAUCGAGGAACGUCCGCGAUCUUCGCAUUGACACCCCGGAGAAGUCGAUCGUACGCGUGCCGACGAUGAGCAAGGAGGAGAGUAGCGGCGAGGUAGGGCCGCAGGACGGCCCCGCGUUGGAGGCGCCUGCGAAGGAUCCAAACGCGGAUAUCUACGAGAAUCGCGGGUCCAAGAAGAUCAUCCGCGUGGUCACCGUGAUGGCUUAUCUGUUCUCCGUAAGUUUCGUGGGUAUUCUAUUGAGCGCCUAUUACAUAUUCCUGUGGGAGCCGCCAAAUCCGAGACUGAUCGAGAGAGGCCGUCUGCGAGCAGAUCCGCAGGUGGAGUUCCUCAUCGGCGAGCCUAACUUGGAGGAAGCGGAUCAUCUGAAAGAGCGAAACUUGCUCACGGAGAACGCGCCCGCUAAUCGCAUGUAUAAGAGCGGACCUUUUCUUGGCCGCAUCGCGCACGACGCGCCUGACGGCGUCUCCGUCGGGUCCGACGAGGCCUCUCAAGGAUUCUCGACGUCCCAGCGGGAAAUACUGAACGCGAUACGACUGAAACUCAAGUACUCGCUCAUGAAAAGCCUACGGGACAGCCAGAGCAAUCAGACGAGUCAUUUGUCGCACGGAGCGACUUCCAGCAGCGAGUCCGACGAUCAUUCGCCCCUCGAAGCGAAAGGAGCAAAGAGGAUGCUGCUGAAUCCCAACGGGAAUUCAAGCAAAACGCCACACGGGAAAGUAUCGGCGAGAGAGAAUCAAGUUACCGGUCUAUACCGGAAACUCACUGACUUCUCCAGCUCGUCACCCGUCGCAGAUCCGCUGUCCUCGACACCGAGAUCCACGACUACUUCUGAUGCUAAACCUAAGCAGACUGGGCGUUUCAGCAGGACACUCGCCGAGCCGAUCGCCAGGAAUGAAGCUCGGCAUUCUGGUGAAGAAACCCACGUCGUUGGAUCACACACCAUUGCCGUGAACGAAUCCAGCGGCUCGCGAAGCAAUCAUGACGCCACGAUGCGAUGGAACAGCGAUUCUCGCGGCCAGAGUGAGACGACGAAGCGACAGAGAGGUUCCGCCGAUCGCCGAGUAAUCGACAACGAGACUCGGCAAGACUUGGUUCCACCUGAAGUCGCCACCCCGGAGGACCGCCCGUCGCUGAACAACAGCGUCAAUUGCUCCGGGCGAAAUUGUCCCGACGACGACGAGUAUUGCACGAGCUGCCGGACCGAGCGGAUCACGCGCGAUAGAGUAUCGAUCGACUCGUCCGGUGGGUCGAGAUUCGACGAUCUGAGACUUCAUCAGCCGCCAGACGACCCGGCCGUAAAACCGACGUACGCCGCGAAAUUGCCGCGAAAUUCCGAAGAGACACAGAUAGAAAAGAUGACGGCCAGAUCUACGACAAUAGACAAUAAUCAAUUGGAACAGUUGGAUUUAUCGACCACGCAACAACAGAGAGGUCUUUGGGAAAUCCUGACAGAAAGUACUGACGUCGAGGAAACGACAUUCGUGGAGUUCACGUCAAUGCCAAUGGUGCAGGAUUAUCGCAACAAUUUCACUAGCAUCGUGAACGACGGCGACGAUGAGAACGUCACGUAACCAAGUCAGACUUUUCGCUGUGUGCCGAGCGUGAUGAAAUGCAAAGAAACUGAACUAGUAAUCAUCGAUAGAGCAUUAAUAUCUACUAAUGUAGUCGUCUAUAGAGAAGAUAUUCUUCCACUUUACGGCCAACUAUCGAUAGGACGUUACAACUAUCGACAAUUUUCCUAAAUGAGAACGAACAAAAUGAGAGAAAUCUUAUAGAGCCUAAUCUCUGAAACGAGUAUAAUCUAGACACUUUCUGACUAAUUUAUGAAUUUGUAAUAUUACAAUAUUACAUAAAAAGUACUAUCGCAAUAGUAUAUAAGAUGUAAAAAUCAACAUUAAUAUAGUGAUAGAACUGAAAAGCAAAACGCGUACUUCUUGUGUGCAAAACAAAAUGUUACAAAUUGAUGUAAAACUUAAUUUUGUGUUGUCAUUAUGUGAUACCAUCUAGAGAUUAUAAAUGUCAUUUUGUGUGCAAAUUUUCAUUUAAUAUAUAGAUUUUCGUUGUGAUCAUCGCGACGUUGAUAGCCAAGAUAGAAAAUAUUAGUUUGUAUAUUUUUUAUUUCAUUUAUAAUUACUAAUGAUAUAUGUAGGACAUAUCGCACGCGUAGUAUUUUUAACAGAGUGUGAGAAAGAGACAUUUAUUAUAUUGCCACUAAAAUUCGCCUAAUGACUGUCUCAUAUACGUUUAGUGGCUGUAUCAUAGAUUUUUUUUUAUUCAUAGAAUUACGCAUUGUAACAUUUAUAAACUAUAUUUUUUAUCGAAUGGGCGAAUAAAAUCAAAAUUGGCACAAGUAUAUGAUUUAUAUUUUCAUUUACAGAUG